GAAGUUGGAUACGCCGAGCCUUCGAGUUUGGGAUCGGGACGACCGUCGACCUCUCCAAAUCCUGUCAUGGCUUCCGAUUUCGCGCCGCCGGUUCCGGCGGAGCUUGAAUCGGCUCUGCGGUUGAGGAGCAUGCGGUAUUUAGUUACCCAAAGGCCGUGGUUAGAUCUUUAUGGAAUAAAUGUCAGACCGGUUGCUCCAUUCGGAAGUGUGAGUAGGAAACCCUAUGUGGAUCCAGCCCUGAUCAACCGUUGCCUCCCCGAUGAGCUUCUCCAUGAGGUCUUCGCGCGAUUGGCUCCAUAUGACUUAGGAAGGGCUUCUUGUGUGUGUAGAAAAUGGAGGUACACCAUCCGGAACCCCAUAUUUUGGCGCAAUGCUUGCCUGAAGGCUUGGCAGGUUUCGGGAGUUGUGGAAAAUUACAAGACAUUGCAGAAAAAAUAUGAAGGCUCUUGGAGGAAGAUGUGGCUUUUAAGACCAAGGGUUCGUACUGAUGGUCUGUAUGUGAGUAGAAACACAUACAUUCGUACUGGAGUUGCUGAGUGGACAGUUACCAACCCAGUGCAUGUGGUCUGCUAUUUCCGGUACAUAAGAUUCUUUCCUUCGGGGAGGUUUCUUUACAAGAAUUCCUCUCAAAAAGUGAAAGACGUAGCAAAAUCCAUGAACUUUCGUGCGUCUAAAACGGAUUGUGUUUUCGGCGGCCACUACACAUUGUCUGAUGACAAGGUUGAAGCUGCUCUUUUGUAUCCAGGCAUGCGGCCUACAGUUUUAAGAAUCCGGCUAAGGUUGAGAGGAACAGCUGCAGGGGCCAACAACAGAAUGGAUAUGCUAUCCCUUGUUACCAGUGGAGUGAACAAUAAUGAGGUCAGGGGCGAUGACGAAGACAUCCUUGGAUUGGUUGAAGGGUGGCAGGAUGAUGAAACUCAUAAUCCAGAUGUCCCUGCCAUCUCACACAGGAGGGGUUUAACACCCUUCGUCUUUGUUCCGUUUGAAGAGGUGGAAAAAUCAGUUCUCAAUCUUCCGGUCGAUAAGAUGGAUUUCUUCGUACCUGGCUGACACUAAAACUGUGGUUCUUAUAGGCAUCUGGGGUUGUUUUGUGUUCCUGUAAAUAAUCCUGCUAGCAAGUCGGGCAUAUUCAUACAUCAUCCUCAAAUUUAUGUUCUUUCUUCUUUCUUUCCAUCAACCUUUGGCCACUGUAAGAUAAGAUAAGGUCUGUUGGUGUUGUCUGAUCAUGGAUUUCUUCUUUUUCCCCUGUUGGGGAUUUGGAGGCAAUUGUCAUAGUUUGUGUACAGCAGUUUGAAUUGAAAGAAUCUUCCAAAUAAUUGUGAGUGUUAUUAGUAUUUUAUUUAAUGCAUAAGGAAGGUUUGU